GUCAUAUGUCAUUCGAUACAUCAAAAUAAAAUUUCUCAUACCUAUUUGUAAUGCUUGACCAAAUUAUCAAAACGGUCAACACAAUUAUGUAUUAGUGGUCAGUGAAACAAAGAACACACGAUUUAUGUUUAUUCCGGUGUACAUUUAUAAAUCAUGAAGAAAGUCGUGCUGUUCAAAAGUGUGUCCGAGGACUACGAAACUGCUUUUCGUAACCACAAUUAUGAGACAAUAUUCGUGGAGCCGCUGCAGUUCGAACACUUGAACUUGCAGCAGCUCAGGUACAGGCUGCAGGAUAACUCGUACGACGGGAUAGUUCUCACGAGUCCCCGAGCCAUUGAAGCAGUUUCAAAGUGCUGGGCACCGUCAAAGUUCGUGCUGUGGAAUGCGAAGAAGAUAUACACGGUCGGGGAGGCGAGUACGCACAAAAUAAAAUUAUUGCUAGGUCUAGAAGCCCUCGGUGGCGCCACGGGCAACGCGGAAAACUUAGCAACUCUCAUUGCUAGAGAAAAUAGUGAAGGAACAAAAUUUCUUUUUCCUUGUGGUAAUUUAAGAUCAGAAAUUUUACCUAACAUUUUACACUCCAAACAAAUAACAGUUGAUGCGAUCACAGUGUAUGAAACAAAAGAGAACGAAAAUCUAAGAACAAAUCUUCAAGAACUGAAUGACACAGUAAACCCUUGCUGUCUUGUAUUCUUCAGUCCAUCUGGUUGUGAGUACAUUUAUCGGCAGCUUCAAACUUUCAACAACAAACUGACAAAUGUGCCACACUUUGCUAUAGGCAACUCAACUGCUCAUAAAAUUGAAAAUCUUGGUGUGGAGAUAGCUGGAGUGGCAGCUAAACCCAAAGCUGAAAGUGUAAUAGAAUCAGUGCAGCAAUACUUUCGGACUACUGAGAAGUGCAGCUAAUGUAAGACAGCCCACGUUAGGUGUAGAUCUGACACUUGCUCGUCUGUCGAAUCAUGUGGUUCAUGUGGAGAUGACCAGUAAGCAACCUGUCAGGAGCACACCAUAAUAUGACAAACAAUGUUACAAGACACACUAGUUGUUGACUCUCUGUGCCAAAUUGUAGAAAACAUCACCAUAAAAUCAGAGAUUAGGAACAAACCAUUGAGAUAAUAAUGUGUUAAUGUCAGAAUUACAUUCUAUAUAGCAGACAACUCAGGAACAUGUUGUUCCACCGCCAACAAAGACACUAGCUAUUUUGACAUUGUUUUAAUUGUUCAUCCAGAGUGUUCUGGUUUGUUAACAUAUUCAACAUGCCAAUUUUAGAUAUGAAUGUCAAUUCUGACAGAUUUGAUUACACAAAAAUUUGUUGUUGUUAUACAUAUUACAAAAGGCAAUGUAAUGCAUAUUCGUUCAUUUUACACAUUCCCAAACUGUUAAAGUGUUAUUGAUAGUAAGACAAAUAUUACCUACAUAAUAUGCUGUAAAAUAUCUUGAUAAUUCAGUAACAUUAUAGUGUUUUAUCAUUUUAUUUAACUUUUAAAUUAAUUGAU